AUGAAGAAAUUGCGGCAAAAGUAUGCUAAGAAGGACAAGAAAAAAGAAAGUGGUUCUAAGAAAAGAGGAUCCAAUAGUUCUACAAGUAAAGCUCCCACCAAGAGAAGAAAAAUUUUCAAAGGAAUUUUCAGAGAUGAGCUUCCUAAGAUUUUAUUGAAAGCCGUAUUAAAAAAGAUACAAGUUUAUAAGCACAUAGAUACAUAUGUUAACCAUAGAUAUAUAGUGUUCAAGAUUGAUGGUCAGCAAGUUGUUGUUGAGAAAGUUGGCGAAGAUCAAGAGACACAUGAAGAUCUUGCUAACAACUUGCCUCCUAAUGAAUGCCGCUAUGCUAUUUCUGACUGUGAUUUCACUACUAAUGAAAAUGUCCAGAAGAGCAAGAUUUUCUUCAUUGCUUGGUCACCAGAAACAGCAAGGGUAAGAAGUAAGAUGUUGUAUGCAAGCUCCAAAGAUAGAUUCGGGAGGGAAUUCGAUGGUGUACAGGUUGAAUUGCAGGCUACAGAUCUGAGUGGAAUGAACUUAGAUACCUUCAUAGAUCUCUCUGAAAUGUGUCUAAACUGUUGGGGCCUUUUAUUCAGUCACUAG